AAAGUGCAGUAAUGUACUGUAAAGAUGGCGUGUAAAUUUGUGGUUCUGCCUGUCAGAGAGGUCUCAUCGAGGCGAGAGUAAUGAGAAAAGAGUUUUACAUCGUUCGAAAGAAAACGGAAAUCUCUCGUCCGCCAAGAGAAUCUUCAGUGUGAAAUGUCAGUCGGGACGGUCGAAACGACUUUUCCGCGACUACUCUUAAAGAAGUAACGAAAAAGUGGGGAAAAAAAACCCUCGUGACAAUAAUCUCGCGUUUUACGAUGAUGACGAGGAUAGGAUCAUCGUUGCGCGAUGUUCGCGUAUAAACUCAUAACUUUUUUCAAUGUAAAAUGUGAAAAGUGACACCCCAUGUUUCAGCAACGUUUAACCUAAAAUAUAGUCAGUGUGAACCUUGAACUGUACUUUUUGAAAGAGAUAUUAUGAACCCAUGUGAGAAUUUCUACCUUUAAUAUCAUCAAUCCCUGGGGAUUGUACAUUUCUUACAUAGAAAUAGAAACUAAAACAAUAGAUUUGUUUGCUUUUUUUUUAAAUUUUUCUAAUCAUCGAAUAUAUGACUCAUCGAAGUUACUUUAAUCUCGACGCUUCAAUCAUUCGCGUAUAUCGCGAAUUUCAAACGAAAACAACAAGCUGGAGUGCAUUUCAACAAGAAAUCGUUGAUGUUCGUUGGGGAUUAAAAGUUCAGUGAAAUACGUGGAAAAUGCCUAAAAUACGAACGAGACAGACGACUGGAGGCUCGUGGCUUCAUCAGAGAGAGCUCGGUCUUCGGUUUCCUCUCGGACACGGUGAUCGUUUUUACAAAACUUUGUAUUCUUCCAUUCAACCCGUGAAAACAUGGGAUCAUGGCGAAAAUCUCUGCAAUGCUAUACACGGCGCGGUUUUUAAUCUGGAAUAUUCUCCUGAUGGAUCUCUGUUAUUGGCUGCCUGCGAGAAAAGGAGCAUCUUGAUGUUCGAUCCAUUGUGCAGGCGCUUCAUACAUGCCAUAGACAAUGCUCACAAUGAUUCUGUCAACUGCGUAAGAUUUUUGGACCAACGGAUGUUUGCGACUUGUUCUGACGACAGUACAGUAGCUCUUUGGGAUGCAAGAAAUUUGAAACAAAGAAUAAGAACUCUUAAGGGUCAUUCAAAUUGGGUAAAAAAUAUUGAAUACAGCCCUAAUGACGGACUGUUGCUGACGAGUGGUUUUGAUGGUAGCAUAUACACAUGGGAUAUAAACAGUUUUACGGAGAACAGUUUUAUAUACAAUCGGGUGUUUCACACAAAUGGUUUGAUGCGUACCAGGCUCAGUCCAGAUGCCUCCAAAAUGCUCAUUUGUACAACAUCUGGUUAUCUCAUUAUCAUCCACAAUCUCAAGUUAAGCACACUCUCCCAAGAUCUAGCUGGCUUCAAGCCAAAUAUGUACAGACUGAUGCAAUUGUCGCAAACAACCAUACCAGUUGCAGCUAAUUUUACUCAUCUGUUCUCCAACUCUCGGACUCACAACAGAGUUGAAUUUUUGACAGACUUUCCAGUCGGCGACGAUGCUGAAGUCAUAUCGAGUCUCCAAGUACAUCCCCAAGGGUGGUGCGUUCUUUCCAGAAAUGUUAGCAACGGUGAAAAAUCUGAGUGGACAUGUAUCCACGAUAUUCAAGAGCGGGACAAUGCCGAGAUAAUUGAGCAGUUGAAGGAAGGUGAUGAGACACCGAGUCAAAUGAGCGAGGCUAUCGAGGAGGAUUUCGAUAUGGCACAGCAGCCGCAGCCAUCGCGUUCAGGAAUAACGUCUUCGUUCGUGAUAGACAGUGCGAAUCGGGUGAGGAUAGUGCAGACAAUGUCGGACGUUAGAAACAACGCGUUUGUAUCGACAGAUGCGACACAGCCGGUGAGGCCAUCAAGAACGAAUAAUUGGCAAGAAUUGCGUCGUAUUAAUUUGCGUUCUAAUUCGAGAAGUCCGCGUUCGGAGAGGCACGUAGUGAGAACAAAUUUCGGAGUCGUUGAGAUAAGUACAAACAGCGUGGGUGCGACGACGGAUAGCGAGAGAACCAAUAGCAACGCGGAUGAUGAGUCGCGAGGUCCAAGAAGUCCUGAAAGAAGCGAGCGCCCGGGAGAAAACGUGGGAACUCGCGAGGAAGACGUCGGCUACGAGGCCGAACGCGAUGGAGAAGAAGACUACAGAAUUCCACGUGCAAAUCCACAGAUACACGAUUGGCGAAGACGGAGCAUCCUUGAGAACGGCAACUUCUCAUCGGCGAACGUAGAAUUACACGUUAGUUCGACUGACGUUUGGGAAGCUUUGGUUGCCAUAAGAGAAGCGCGUCUUAGACGCGAAAGAGAAAGAGAAUUUUAUCCCCUGGCCGCACGCCUCAGUUGGAUAAACCGAUCGAACACACCACGAGCAUCCCACACUGUUGUUAUUAUAGGUGACCGCGGCAGGCCGCAGACUCAAAAUCGACAAGGACAAAACCCGAUGUUCGCGAUACCUCGCAAUCAUAAAAUCCAUCAGAAUGUUUCGAGACUUACUCAUUACAUAGAGGAGCCCAAUGUUGGCUCCGGUUAUAUCAAAGAAUUGUGUUUUUCCGCCGAUGGCAGAUUAAUCUGUUCCCCUUUUGGUUUCGGCGUUCGUCUCCUCGCUUUCUCCGGCGAUUGCCAGGAACUCUCAAACUGCGUACCGACUGGCAAUAAAUCCGUACAGUUGGCUGAAUUAGCUACCAAUAUCAGCCACACUGAUAUCGUUGUUAGCACAAAAUUCUCACCGCGACAUUGCCUCCUCGUAUCCGGUUGUCUCAGCGGGAAAAUCGUUUGGCAUCAGCCGGUUGUUUAGCUAAAUCAAUUAUUCUCUGUUUUUUCAUUCUUCUUUUCCUUAUUUUUUUUUAUAUUGUACUUGGGUCAUUCGAUCCAAUCUGAUUGCCAGAAUUUCUUCAUUUUUCGCGAGGACGAAACGAUGUAUGUGUCGGUGAGGAAUUUGCAUUUUUCAGCUUCCUUAGACGCAGUCGACACUUGGAUAUAUAAUUUAGGAAAUGCGUUUGCUUUUCUUUAUGCGCGGAAUCAUUGGAUUUCAUAGUAUAGUUUGUAUCGUUGGCAAAAGACAAUUUUUAUGACUUUUCAGUAAUCCAACCAGAACUUUUGGAUCCUUUUUUUUGAGUUUCUAAUAAAUGAGCAAACCAAAGUGAUUUUUUAUUUUGACACAAUGAAAUUUCCGUGCAUUUCUCAGUGAUACAAAUUUUAACUUUAUCUGGAUAUCUUCUCUAUGGACGAUGGUUCGUCUUUUCGAAUAAAAUAUAGAGAUUGUAAACAAAAGCAAACGCACUCUUAUACUGAUAAAAUCUUGAAAUCGUGUAAAUAACCUUGGAUGACUAAAAUGAAGAUCUUGGUGAUCGGCGGUUCGACGGCCGUUCUACAAUGAGUUUUAGAGGUCACUUAGUUCAAAUGCACAGUGGACGUAUUGAAAUUGGAUGAGCCUUUGAAAAUUUUCAACUACCAAGCCAUUUUUGAGAUAUGAAUAUUUAUUCUGCUGAUUAUAACUAAAAGGUAUUACUGCGCUAUGUAAUCAAAGUGUUUUUUUGUACUUUAUAAUCUAAAGUAAUCGGAUCGUUCAUUUUGUUUUCAACAUUUUUAAAAAAUAUUUUAUGCUCAAAUCAAAGACAUUCGUCCAAUUUAUGGAACAUAUUCUUGAAUCAUCAACAAUUUUGUUAUUUAAAUUUUUCAUUUUACAAAACUUUUGAUGAAAUAACUUUGAGUUGAAGUGAUUUAUUGAUAUAUCUUUCUGAUAUUAUUAUCACCCAGCAAUAAUGGUUACGGCUUUUCAAUAAUGGCUGAAUAAUUUUUUAUUUUUAGUCGAACAUCUAAAAUAAAUUAAAAAAAUGAAAAACUCAGUACUUUCAAUCCCAAAAAAUGCUCCGUUAACUCCUCCAUCUGGUCAAACGAUAAAGCUCUUGACAUUUAUAUUUGAAUUUGAAUCAUUUUCCCUAUCAACAUCAGUCAUACAUUGAGAAUUUUUUAAAUUGACAUGAAGGAUAGCAAUUUUUCUUUGUUCGAAUAUCAGUGAUGGCAUUACGCAGGUUUUACAAUGUAAAAUACGAAGAUGUGAGAAUGUAUUUGUUGAUUUCUAAUAUAGAUUUUGAAGAAACCGGUAGAAUCUUAUGGAUUUUGUUGAACACGUUACAAGUUCCAAGGCAUUUUGAGAAAAAAAUUCUUAAUUUCAAUCUUAUGGUAUUUCUCAACAUUUCUGGAGGCCAGAACGAGACACGUAUUCUGUAAGGGUUACAAGUAAACGAGCGUUUUACGGUACAAGUUAUUUUUCAAAAGAUACAUUGGCUUGAGAAAAUUAGAGAAUCAAAUCUAUUAUUUAAAAAAGAAACUUAAGGGAAAGAGGUUAGUCCCGUCCAGCGGGAAGUCCUCGGUCAUUAUGCCAUUGCAACGAAGACCAUUGACAGUAAACACAAUGCAAGAAUAUAUUUUGGUAAUGGCCGAGGCUUCCCACCGGACGGAGCAGCUGCCCCCGUUUCCCUUAUGCUUUUACGAUUAUCAGGAGCUUUGCACUCAUCUUUGAAUUUCGCUUUAUAUUUAGACAAUAUUUUUUCGGAGGUUAGAAAAAAAGCAAGUGUACCUGCCUGUCAGGGGUUGAAUUUUGACGAAGCCGGCUGAUUUUCAGUUUCUCUUUUCUUCUAAACGUUGCGGUAUUAUUGAACAUAAAAUGAAUGACCUCGCGAACUUGUGUAGUAGUAUUGUUCCAGAAAAAGAGUAGUGAAUUUAGGAUUAUACAUUGCUUCGUUUCGGUCAUUCGAGAGUUGAUAAAUGCAUAUUGCGACAUAAUCCAAUCAUUAAAAAUUGAAACUAAUAUUCGCGAUAAGCCAUUUGGUAAAUCACGAAAAUAAAUGUAUAGCUGCAGAGCGCGGAAAAUGUCGUAAAAAUCAGGCGGUAAUAUGUGAGGGGAAUUUUCGAUGCUUAUCGUCCGUCGAAUUUUCAUACACAAAAUUCGCGAUGGAGGAUUUUUUCGUGUAAUAUUCGAAUAGAAACAAAGAAGGCAAUCACGUCGUGAAUUAUAUACGAGUGUCGUAAGUGUUUCAUUGAGUUAAUGAAAGAAAAAUCUCUGUGACAAGUGCAAACGUUUACGAAUCACCGAUAUUUGAUCCAUUUUAUACCUUUUAUUUUAGCAACUCGUAAAGAAGUUUCCAUGCGGGUGUUUUUGGUAGUAGUUAGUAUAUAUAUAUACACCUAAAAAUAUACCCUCAUACUUACAUAUAGCGACAUGGCGACAGAAGAGCAACAGAGCACAGGCAUCGAUGUCCAUCGCUCGGACAGGAUUCCAUCUAUAUAGCGGUGUACUUAUACAUGUCAACUCUAGAAAAAAACAACAGCUCGCAUCGUACCCAUCAUUCUAAAAACAUCAUACAUUUCUAUCUACUUUCACAACAGAAAAAGUCCAGCCCACACCAAUUGUUAAACUCUUCUUUAUUCUCUGUUUAUUUUUUCGUAUUAUUUUUCUUUCUCUAUUAUUCGAACGCAAUUUUUCGAUGUAAUUUUUCGUGAUAAUGAUUUGCACGAUAAUGGUGAUCCACGCGCGAGACCCCGUAACACAUUGAAAUCAAACUAUUGUGUACAGCAGUUAACGUGAUGUUUGUUUUGUAAGAUUUUGUUUUCUUUUUCUAUUAAUAAAAAAACACACAUAAUCCACUCCCAAAUGGUUAUGUGCUAUUUAA